AAUGGCAUUGCUCAGAUCUCUCACUCCCCUCCCCUCCCAGCUUUUAUAGGGCCGACAGCAGCGGCCACUGCACUUAAAGAGUGCCACAAACCCCCACGUUCAAACCCUCCGAGCCCUAAGAAAAUAGGGAGAAGCAUCGAGUGACUCCGGCCACCCUUCAGAAAUAAGGAUGCCGAACUGGGGAGGUGGAGCCAAAUGUGGUGCUUGUGAAAAGACCGUGUACCACGCUGAGGAAAUCCAGUGCAAUGGAAGGAGUUUUCACAAGACGUGCUUCCUCUGCAUGGCUUGCAGGAAAGGUCUGGACAGUACCACCGUGGCAGCUCACGAAUCUGAAAUCUACUGCAAAACUUGUUACGGGAGAAAAUACGGCCCCAAAGGUGUUGGCUUUGGACAAGGGGCAGGAUGUCUCAGCACCGACACCGGUGACCACCUGGGCUUGAAUCUGCAACAGGGCUCACCGAAGUCUGCUCGCCCUUCUACACCAAAUAAUCCUUCAAAGUUUGCCAAAAUGAUGGUAGAUGUGGAUAAAUGUCCCCGUUGUGGCAAAUCAGUGUAUGCUGCGGAGAAGAUCAUGGGAGGAGGAAAACCUUGGCAUAAGACGUGCUUCCGCUGCGCUAUUUGUGGAAAGAGUUUAGAAUCCACGAAUGUUACAGACAAAGAUGGAGAGCUCUACUGUAAAGUUUGUUAUGCAAAGAACUUUGGUCCCAAAGGAAUUGGGUUUGGUGGCCUCACUCAAGCGGAAAAGAAAGAGUGCGAAUGAGAAGAAAUGAAUGCAACCAACUCAAACUGCUGUUGAUGCCACCAAGUGAUAGUUGUCAAGUAAAACAUUAAGCAUCACAUAUUGCUAAGAACCUAGGGCAUUCGUUUAAGAUUUUCCACUUGCAGGAAAAGCUUGUGAGCUUGUAUCUUAAGAAAUUCUUAGAAUAGCUUAAAAAGUUACAGUCAUAAAACAAGAUUCAUGUUUGUUUUACAGUAAAUAAAGACAAAAAAAACCCCUCAUUGAACAUUAUUCAUGGAACUAGUAUUUACAACACUUGAGUCUGGAAUUCUAAAGACUCAGCAUAGUGUCCCAUUAAGACAGAGAUACCUUCUGGAGCACACGGGUCAGAGUGUUCCAACUUAGGCCAUGUUUUCCUUCCUUCAGAACGCAAUCCCGUCUGUCUGUCUACCGAUUUCCUAAUGGAGCAUUGAAUGUUUUGACCUUUGUGUUCUGGCAAAGUAGACGUCACUCACUUUGAAACAAUUAAAAAGUAUUUGAAAUUCUUUCUUUCAAAGGAGAUAUUUCUGAAAAAAAAAUUUUUUCGUAGAAUAGUGUUGUAAGUUUUGUUAUUGUAUGUUUUCAAGCUACAAUAAAGUACUGAUAUCGCUUCACAUUA